AUGUCUUCCACUCCUCCCAACAACCAGCAGGCCGCGCCCAAGAUGCGCCCCGUCACCGGAGCUUUCUUGCUCAAGCAGAGUCCUCAUCAUCUCUCGCAUGACAUCAAGGACAUUCUCGAGAAGCAUGGCGUCAAGCUCUCCCCCGGCUGUUCCCAAGAGCUCACCCGAUACCUCAACGACAAGCUCGAGGCGUACUCCAUCCCUUUCGACCCCAAACGUCCCAACCUCCAAGCGGAUCUCGACAACAGUGCUCGCCUCCGCGACAGGAGGGCUCAGCUCAGGGACCAGGUCGCGACUUCGGAAUCACCCGCGAAGACGCUUCAUCGAUCGAACCCCGACACCUUCUCGCGGUUCGGCAAGCCUCGCAACAUCAACGAGUCUUUCAUGGACGUUCCGUGGAACGAACCAGUCUCGCCAUCCAUGUUGCAACCGCCGAUGCCCGUCAGCGUGAACUCGCUGCUUCAGGGCUGGCCUCUUAAAGAGAAGUCAGCCGCAUCUCCGAAGACGCCAGUCAAGGUCGAAAAGGAGCAGUCUGUCCAGACCGAGAUCCAGAACUCCGUCAAGUUCGCCAAAGAGCCCCCCGUCAAGGUCGAGAUCGAUCGACCCGUUGAGACUAAGAUCAGAUCGACCAACACCAUGGAGCCGACCUCAUUGAAUCGAGGGCGCGCCGACCACUACCACGAUGUCGCGACAGAAGAGCUUGCCGAGCGCGCACCCCUCGCUGUCACAAAGGACGACCUCGUCAAGGUAGAAGCUAGCGUUGGCAGCGACGUCCAGCGCCAUCAUCAGGUUCAUCGCACCGUCAAUCCCAAGCCUGCGCCUGCGCCCGCCAUCAAAUCCGAAAAGACCACGAACACGAGCGCGCGCACUCUCGACGAGUUCGAAGAGACGGAUCCUGAGGCCGUCUCCUUUACUUCUGACAACCUCGGCGCUAUCAAGAAGACUCGCCCUGUUGUCAAGCAAGCACCAUCCCCUGCACCCGCCAUCAAGGUUGAAGACGACACGUCCGGCUUCCAGAGCUCCGUCGGCUCUUCCAACUCUUCGGGCUUCCAGUCCUCGAUUUCAGGCGUUAAGAGUGAGUUUCAGGAAACGCCUGACACUACGUACUUUGGUGAGUCGCAGCAUACUCUGGGCCGGUCGCAGAGCCCUUUUAGCCAGACCCAAGGUUUCUCGAACUCUUUCUCCCGCAGCCGCUUCGGCAGUCAAUCCUUCCUGAGCCCUCCUGGUUCAGCGACUUCACAGACGUCCGGACGAGUCGAGAUCAAUCCGCGUCGCUCUGCUCGACUAUCGCAGGCUAAGACGACCGCUGCCGGCUCGUCAGCCCCGUCAGCUUCCGCCCCGUCAGCUUCUCCAGCUCCGUCUCCUACGCCAUCUUCCGCCUCCUCUGUUGGUGUCAAGCGUCGUCGCAGCGCCAGCCUCGCAGACGAAGUGGAGCAAGUUGAGCGCCAAGGUCGCAACAAGAAGUUCGUGACCAAGGAAGUGGUUGCGAAACAGCGCGAGGCUCGCCACAAUGAAGACGCAAAGGAUCAAAAGCGCAGUAGCGCCCAGCGCCGUGCCUCGGUUCUUCGUCGUCGCCCGAUUUAG